AUGGAAUGGUGUAAGUUGGUUAUCGCACAGCCCAUUGUGGCCCUUGGCGUGGUUGGAGUGAUCUAUGGAGUGUGGUUGGCAAUAUAUCGACUAUGGUUUUCACCACUCGCUCAAUUCCCUGGACCAAAACUGGCUGCUCUGACAAUGUGGUACGAGUUCUAUUACGAUUCGUUCCUCGGAGGACAGUACACUUUUCGAAUCGCCGGGAUGCAUCGCAAAUACGGCCCGAUUGUCCGAAUCAGUCCUUUCGAACUACACGUUGACGACCCAGAUUACUAUGAAGUACUAUACUCUCGAGACACACCGAGGAACAAAUCGUUACAUUUGACUGGCAUGUUUGGGGCACCUGCCUCCUCUUUCGGCUCAGUCGACCACCGCCGCCAUCGGAUACGCCGACAACCUAUGAACCCAUUCUUCUCUCAGCAGCGAAUUCGCCACUUGGAGCCUAUGAUCCGGGGAUUAAUCGACAAAUUGCGCAAAGGAAUGCGAGAUUGGAAAGAAAGAGAUACACCGCUGGACAUUUAUCAUGCAUUUAAUGCCUACACGACAGACGUGGUUGUGGAGUAUACUAUGGGUGAAUCAUUCCAUUAUUUGGAUGACCCUGAUUUCACACCACAGUGGUCAAAGACAAUCGAAGCAAUUGUGGAAAUCGGAGUUCAAUUCAAACAAUUUCGCUGGAUCUUGAGCUUCUUUGAGCUGCUUCCACAAUGGCUUGUUGUGAGAAUCAACCCUCAUAUCGGCCCAGUAAUUGAUCAGAAACUGGAAGGUUUGCGCCUAGCAAAAUUGGUCAUUGAUAGUCAAACUGCUGGUGGGACCUCGGUAGAUGAUAAGGUUAGUGUACCGAAAGGUACAUUGUUUCAUGCGCUGCUAGACAGCAAGCUUCCCGCAGAGGAGAAGGUGGCUGGUCGCUUGAGUCAAGAGGUUUUCACUGUUAUAUCGGCAGGAGGAGAAACGACGGCGAGAAAUUUGACAACAGUCACCUUCCAUCUACUCAACAACCCAUAUAAGCUUCAAAAGCUACGAGAUGAGCUCAACCGACUCGACCCUGAGGGGACAGCAACUUUGGUGGAAUACGAAGCAAUGCCGUACCUUGUAAGCUUCUCCAUUCGGAAGGUUUGGUUCACGAGAAUCUCCAACGCCGUGGCAACAAGACUUCAACGCAGCUCCCCAGACCAAGUGAUGACUUACAAGGACUGGAUCAUUCCUCCCGGGACACAUGUUGGCAUGACCAGCCUAUUUAUGCACUACAAUGAAGAUAUCUUCCCAGAGUCGCAAAAUUUCAUCCCAGAGCGAUGGAUGGAUCCAGAACAGAGGAAACACCUCGAGAAGUAUCUGGUUGCGUUUAGCAAAGGAUCAAGACAGUCCAUUGGCAUCCCCCUCGCGCGAGCGGAGAUUCUUUUAGCAAUCGCCACUAUUUUCCGGGAGUUUGAGAUGGAGCUAUAUGAGACUACGGUAGACGAUGUUCGAAUUGUGAGAGAUAUGUUCAAUGGUCUCCCGCGAAAAGGAAGUCAAGGCGUUCGCGUUAUGAUCAAGGAUUGGAAUGGACAUCCUAGCUAG